AAUUUGAAAUGUAACGCGGUCAAAGCAGCUGUGGCUGCGGAAGGAUGCGGACAAAGGUACAACGAGCUCGUCGCUAAAGGCAAAAUAAAAAGAAACGGGGACAAAAAGCAGUGCGCCAAACAUCGCCGAAGGGAUUGUUUCUGUCAAUAUCUUCACUAUCGAAACGGUCUCAGUUAUAGAACAACAUGGACACGGCUGUGCUGAGCCUCCAGAGCUUAUAUGAUAAGCUGAGGACGCAAGUUGACCUUCUCAAUGAGAACAUUGAACCCAACUUCAUCCAGAUGGCACAAAACUUUGAUGACUGCCGCCGCAAAUGGCUGAGGACCGAGCACGAGCUGGGAUCUUGCAAAGAGGCCCUCACCAAGACGGAGACGGAGCGGGGAUCCUUGGAGGUCAAACUGAAACACGCCCGCAACCAAGUAGAUGUGGAGAUCCGGCGCAGACAAAAAGCUGAGGCUGAUUGCGAGAAAUUGGACCGUCAGAUCCAGUUGAUCCGGGACCUGUUGACUAGUGAGGGAUCCUCAAACAGCAUCCAGCUGAGUGCAGAGCAGCGUUCGGCUCUGGCCUUCCUGAACACAAACUGCCAGGCAGCAGCCAACCUGAAUACCAGCCGAAGACUGAAGACGAUAGAUGAGUCCGCCUCCAUCUUGUCAGAUAUCAGCUAUGAUAAAACUGAUGACUCUCUUGAUUGGGACUCCUCUACGGUGAGGACAGUGCGACUCAAGAAACGAGAAAAAAGGCGCUCCUCGAGAAACCAUGUCGAUGGUCCCCCACUCGCCUCCAAACGUACUCGAUCCACAGGCCGAACUUCAGAGAUGGGAAAUGAGACCCUGGUGACGAAGACCACAGUGACUGUUCCUGCGAACGGAGGACCUGUUGAGGCGGUUUCUACCAUUGAGACUGUUCCUUACUGGACUCGCAGCAGGAGAAAGACCACUACCAUGGACUGGGAGUCUGAAUCAGUCAAGUCUGAGGACGUCUUUAAGCAUCCUGGCAUCCCUGAAGGAGAAAUGAAAAUGCAGCCCAGCACUCCGCAGAACCACGGGGGCGUCCGUCAUCAUGAGUUUGUCUCCAAAACUGUCAUUAAGCCUGAAUCGUGCGUGCCCUGUGGAAAGAGGAUCAAGUUUGGAAAGAUUUCACUGAAGUGCCGUGACUGCAGGGUGGUCUCGCACCCCGAGUGUCGCGAGCGUUGCCCUCUGCCAUGCAUCCCUAACAUGGGUGGCACACCGGUCAAAAUCGGGGAGGGUGUGCUUGCAGACUACGUCCCAGACACAUCGCCCAUGAUUCCUCCUCUCGUAGUCCAUUGUAUCAGUGAGAUUGAGCAAAGGGGCCUGCAUGAGGCUGGACUGUACCGUCUGUCCGGCGCUGAUCGCACAGUGAAGGAGCUGAAGGAGAAGUUCCUCCGCAGCAAAACCGUUCCCGUGCUCAGCAAGGUGGACGAUAUCAACGCCAUCACAGGCCUCCUCAAGGACUUCCUGAGGAACCUCAAGGAGCCUCUUCUCACCUUCCGCCUCAACCGUACUUUCAUGGAUGCAGCCGAGGUUUCAGACGACGACAACAGCUUAGCUCUGAUGUACCAAACCAUCAGUGACCUGCCACAGCCCAACAGAGACACUCUGGCCUUCUUAGUCCUUCACCUUAAGAGAGUUGCUGACAGUUUGGACACUAGGAUGGACAUCAGUAACUUGGCUCGAGUGUUUGGUCCAACUAUUGUGGGUCAUGCAGUUCCCAACCCGGACCCUAUGACAAUCCUACAGGAUACCAAAAGACAGCCUAAGGUCGUGGAGCGUCUGUUGGCUCUGCCGGUCGACUACUGGGGCCAGUUUGUGAUGGCAGAAAGCGAGCAGCCAAACUUGGAUCACCUGAUCAUCGAGAAUGCAAACUGCUAUGCCACCCCCGAGAGAAUGAGCAUGCUGGGACCUCUGACCACUCCAGAGCACCAGCUCAAUAAAACCCCCUCCUCCAGCUCCUUGUCUCAGCGCAUGAAGUCCAGUCUGACACCCAGAUUUGGAAGCAAGAGCAAAUCGUCAGUCGGAUUUUCACGCCAAGGAAAAUUCUUUGCAUCUCCACUCCUCAAAUAAUCCAAAGCAGCUUCACUUAACCUUUUUUUUUAUCCUGCAAUAACAACAAAUACAUUUAUGCAUAACACAUAACUUGGUACUGCUUUGAUUAUAGCUAUAAACGCCUCCAUCUUAGUCUUCUUGUAAUAGUUUUAAUGUUUCACAGUACUAAGAGUUGUACUUUGAUGAUUUUACGUGUUUGUAAAGUGAUUAUUUUUUUAACCAAAUAGGUUUUCCUAUCUAUGCACACUCGUGUGUCUUUAGAGCUGAUGCUUUUGCUAAAUGUUUAACGAGGCAUUCUCAUUUCACCUCAUACCAUGUGAGAAUGUACUGCAUAUUACUCUUUUUGAAGAAUGUGCACAUGAAAAUAUGUACUGUAAUAUGCACAGUUUUAUUGUGAUCCUCUUCUACAUUUAAUCAUUUCUUUUGACAGUUUUUCAACUCAUGUGUCACUCAGAAGUUGAAUAACUGAUUCUUUGGCAUUUCAUUCUAGGUUGUAAUUGAAUAUGUGACUGCAAGUAACAUUAUGUUUUAGUAUUGAUGUUUGUUUUUUGAUUGUAUUUGAUUGUCUCCCAGGUAGUUGUGCUGUACAUGUUAGCAAUCUCACAAUGCCCUGCCCUUUUACUACUACAACUACAAACUGGUGCUAGACCUCAAGCCAGACCUUUCUCAUUGGCAGGAUCUCCGGCAUGAUCUACAAACGCUACUGGGUGCAAUGUUUUUGGUGAUUAAUCUGUUGAAUAGGGGGACAGUUUUUUAAGAAUCUUUACUGCCGUUGUGUUUUCCAGUAUAUUCUGCACUGCCAGUGAUCAUCAGGAACAUUGUUCACUGGUUUAUGUGACAGGCUGUAAUCUUUGUCUGAUAAUUUUGCCCCUCUGUUUAUUGCUCUGUGUAAUGUUUGUACUGUGGGAGGUUACUUAUGAGCAAUCCCACGCAAAAGGCAAUUACUUUGUAUGAUUGGCCAGUUCAGUUACUGUGGCAUUAUUUGAUUAACCAUUAGCACAAAUUUUGUACACAAAGACACGCUCUAAAAGUCAUGUAACUUAUAAAAUACAUUUAUAACCUUUA